UUUUUCCUCAGUUACAUUCGUCUUUCUACAUCAACCAUUAUACUUAAAGAGCGGCCGAUAAUAAUCUGUGCAAAUUGAGCGUGGGUUGCUCAUGACUGCAAUGUUUUUUUUUUUGCACCCAGUGCGUGUUAUUUUCAGCACACUGAUGAUGUCAUUCAGUCGUGCCAAUCUUUCGCGGUCAGCCCAGUCCUCCACGUAGAAGACUCAAAAUGGCGCCUGAACGUUUCUCUUACCCAAAGGUUCGUCGAGAUGAAAGCGCCAUAACUGACUAUCAUGGCACGAAGAUUUCUGAUCCUUAUGUUUGGUUGGAAGAUCCAGACUCGAAAGAAACCGAGGCUUUUGUAGAACAACAAAAUGCCAUAACGAUGCCUUACCUAGCUGACUGUGAAACACGAGAAAACUUCAAAACCAGGUUGACAGAACUGUGGGACUAUCCAAAGUAUGGCUGCCCAUUCAAAAGAGGCUCAAAGUACUUCUAUUUCCACAACUCUGGAUUACAAAAUCAAAGGUACGAUAACCAGACUCAGAUGCUUUUGUUUCCACUUGAAACAUGAAAAUGGCUGUGUAUACAUACUUUGUACAUGUAUUAGUAGCAUACAAUGUGUCCUUUGUGUCAACCCUACCACGCCCCUUGAAUUUCUAGUGUAGUAUUACAGUGGAAUCCCGAUUUGUCAAACCUUCAAUUAUUCAAACCUCCCAUUAACUCGAACCAAAAGUCGUUCCCUCUCCUCAGUCGAACACUGUAAU